AACCCAGAAGCCAUUGGUUUGAAUUUGUGGCCGCCGGUACGAGCCAUGGAGAAUUGCACUGAACGGACAGAGGUUGUGCUGCUUGCCACCGGCUCUUUCAAUCCAGUCACGGUCAUGCAUCUCAGGCUGUUUGAACUGGCCAGAGACCAUCUCCACGAGACAGGAAAGUACAAAGUGGUUAAAGGCAUUAUUUCUCCAGUGGGUGACGCAUACAAAAAGAAAGGACUUCUUGAAGCCUCUCAUCGUCUAGCCAUGGCAGAGCUGGCAACCAAGAACACCGCCUGGUUGGAGGUGGAUGCGUGGGAGUGCUCACAGACGGAAUGGGUGGAGACCGUGCGGGUGAUGAGACAUCACCAGCAGAAGCUUGAGGCUGAAUGUCAGGAAUCUCCAGAAAAGGUGGCGCACAGGAAGGGCCACAAAAGGAAACGAGAUCGUAGCUGCCAGGAUGUGCCGGACCUCAACUGCUCAAAUCGCAAAGUGGUCCCUCAAAUUAGGUUACUGUGUGGGGCAGACGUCCUGGAGUCUAUGAGUGUCCCCAACUUGUGGAAGGACGAAGACGUGUUAGAGAUCAUUUCCCGCUUUGGUGUUGUCUGCAUCAGCCGACUAGGGAAUGACAUCCGUAAAUUCAUCUACGAGUCAGACAUCCUCUGGAAACACAAAAACAAUAUCCAUCUGGUGGAAGAGUGGAUUAGCAAUGACAUUUCCUCCACGAAAAUUAGACGGGCCUUGAGAAGAGGACAAAGUGUUCGAUACUUGGUGCCUGACGCAGCUCUGGAGUACAUUGAAAAGCAUGAGUUGUACAAUGAGCAGAGCGAGGAGAAAAAUGCAGGCCUCAUUCUAGAGCCCUUUAAACGAAAUUGUUUCUCCAACCCUUCUUAUUGUGCAAAGAUAGUACAUGACAGGCUUGCUAUGCCACAACAGCUAAAGAAGGUAUUUUCUAAACGUGAAACUGAAACCUCCAGAGCCAAGAUGGCGACUGUGGUACUGACUAGGAUGACACAUGGCCUGCUGGAAAAUUUCGAACAGCGGCUGGACGCACUCUUCAGCGACUUCUGGCAGAAGCUGUGGCGCAGAGGGGCACAGACUCAGGGGAAGCGGAAGAAGAUCGAGGAGCGGCGGAAAUCGCCUCCCGGCCGUCUGAACUACGAGACUGGUAGGCCUCGGAGCACUCGACCAGCCCCCAGACCACAAAAGCCAGAGGAGAAGAGGGCCAGCCUAAAAGCCACAUCCUGUCCCGAGUCGCCCAACGCUUGCUACCGCUUUUCAGGGCAGAGAGCCCAAAGGAGGUCAACCCGGGUGCAUGACCCACAUCCUCGGCAGGAGCAACCACAAGCUCAAGCGGCGAAAGCGCUUUACCGAGACUGUGCUCACGGUGACAUGGGAAACCGGAGAAACAUUGAGCAAGCUGUGUUUGGAAGUCCUCCCUCCCAUCAAGGAUAUGAGACACUCCUCCAGAGUCCAAAUAAAACUGGCUGGGGAAACACACUUUGCUCAUCAUAUUUAACAUCAGCUGCCAACUCCAAUCAGAACCUUCUCGCCUCCAUCUCUGGUCCCCACAUGGCUCCUCCAGAUUACAAUGGCACAUGGAAUAUGAUAAGCAAUGAAAAUCUUGAGGGCUUCAUGCAAAGUCUGGGUAUAGAUUUUGUUGUACGGAAAAUGGCAAAACUACUGAAGCCUCAAAAAGUGAUAGAACAAAAUGGUGACGUGUUUACAAUCCGAACAAUAAGCAGUUUACGGAAUUACAUGAUUAGCUUCACAGUUGGGCAAGAAUUUGAAGAGGACACGAAAGGCAUGGAUAAUCGGAAGCUUAAGAGUCUUGUAUCCUGGGAUAAUGGACGGCUUGUUUGCGUGCAAACUGGUGAAAAAAAGAACCGGGGAUGGGUACACUGGCUCGACGGUGAUGAGCUGCAUUUGGAGCUUACCUGUGAAGAUCAAACCUGCAGGCAAGUGUACAAGAAGGUCGAAGAGACUUCCUGACCCAACUGUAACCGGAUCAUCCGUAAAAGAAUGUUCUGUGAUGAAAACCGUCUUCUAUGCAAUCAAUUAAUCAUUAUUUGUUGUAUAUUUAUUUUUACAAAACUUGUCUUUUCAAAUAGUAUGACCUAGAAUUCUA